UAGACUUCUUUACUUCACUCUGCCAGCUGGAGGGAGCAGAAACAGUGCAUACAGAGAAUUUGAUUCAUCAUGAUUCUGCUUGUGGUCACUGUAUCAGUUGCCAAUGUGUUUCUUGCUGCUGGAGUGGUUUGUUUACCCCUAUUGGACCAGGAACCCCACAUCAACCAAGGCUGGGACCAGGUGGUACGACUCAGGCACCUUUUCGCUGCCAGGCCAGGACUUCACCUGCUGAUCAGUGGGGAUGGACAGAUCCAUGGCUCUGCAGACCAAUCUCUGUACAGUCUGCUGGAGAUCCGUACAGUGGAUCCAGGCUGUGUUGCCAUCAGAGGAGUAGCAACUGCAAGAUUUCUCUGCAUAGAAGGCAACGGACGACUGUUCUCAUCACACACCUACAGCAGAGACAACUGCACCUUUAGAGAGCAGAUCUUACCAGACGGAUACAACAUCUACAUCUCUGACAAACACGGAGCUCUGCUCAGUCUAGGAAACCAGCGGCAAAGCCUGCAGGGUCGAGACAGAGGGGUCCCGACAUUGGCUCAGUUCCUUCCUCGGAUAAGCAUUCUGGAACAGGCCUCAGCCCCAGGACGGGACAUUCCUGACCAACAAGGGCUGAGAGUAGCACAAACAGAAGAACAUUUGGACUCUAUGGACUCAUUUGGAAAGCUCUCUCAGAUCAUUCACAGUCCCAGCUUCCACAAGAGAUGAGACAGUAGCUCUGAGACAUCUCUAAACACAUGUGUCUUGGGGUGUUUUGCUUUUGUCUGAGGCUGAGCACGCCUCCUGGCAUGUUGCCGAACCUGGGAUUGACUGCUUGUCCAGCAGCCUGCACCUGGAAAAGUUGCUGUGAAGUCUCCAGCACUGUCCUGUCAAAUAAGACCAAGCGCAGUGUCCUACAGAGUGGAGAAUAUCACAAAUAUUCAAUAUCACAUUUCUGCCUUUGAUUUUCAGUUACAACCUUUGUUUAAAAGUUCUAAAACAACACAACCAUACAGGAGGUUUUAUCCCUAUCCACUAACACAACCAAUAGGAGUACUGCUUGAACUAGAUAUCCAACUGUUAAAAAUCUCUGUUGGGAAGAAAAAUACCUUUUAUAUUAUGACAAUCCUGUAGUAAUGGCUGCGAAUUGGAUGGUUAUAAGGAAAGAUAAUGGUUUGGGUCAGCAUCAUUUUUUUGUUAGGGUUAGAGGACCUUUGUUGUCAAGGACAGAGGAUGUCACACAUUGUUAAGACCUACAAGGAAAAGUGUGAUAUAUGAAUAUGGAUUAUACAAAUAAAAUAAAAUCUGAUUGAUUGAUGGUUAAAAUUAUAAACACAAGGUUAUGAACAAUAGUCAUCUUUUAAACAUUUAAAAAAAGGCAAAAGAACAGGGGUCGUUUAUGUUUAAGUUAGGAAGAUCCAGUUCUUCUUCUAUCUCUGUCACUUUAUAACGUGACUGGACAUCCUCCUUGGUUCAUAAUCACUAGACCACUAGAGGUCACUGUCACACAAAUGUAAACAUGUUUUGGGGAUAGAUGGAUAUAUAUAUCCAUCUAUCUAUCUGAAAAGAGUCAAACUGAAGGGAAGUGCUACAUAAAGGGUGCAACUAAAUCUUAUCAUACAUCAAAUAUUCCUUCUGUCAUUACAAAUAGUCUUUCUGGUUAGAACAAUCCAAACUCAUUCUCAAAAUGUUGUUUUUAUUCCGAAAGAGUCUCAGUCUCAAUUGUUUUAGUGAAGAGUGGCAGGGAAUAGUCAGGAUGAUAGUCAACACCUGACAAAAGUUUUUUUUUUUUUACGAGUUAUAUGUAUUGUAUGUUAUAAAUUAUUUAAAUAUUCAACAGUAUGAAUCUUUCAUUUUGAAUGCACCUGUGGAAUUUUUCGAAAAAUUACAAAGCAUUCAAAGAGGGUCACUGUGGGAUAUCAUUGUUCUCCGUCAAAUGAGGUCCUGCUGUUGUCCUUGCCAUCAAUCUUUUGCUCCAACCCAUUUCGCUCUGCCAUCGCCAAUGUAAUCCAAAAUGGUUCUGCUUUCAUCCCUGCCUUUGCUGAAGUUCUCUAGAUAUAGCAUCCUAAUAAUUUGUUCAUUCUGCAUUUUUCAUUUUUUCAUUUAUCAUUAAUAUUAUAUUUCCUACUUACUACUCACUUCUACAUUCUGCCGAAUUCCUGUUAAUUCCUUCCUGCGAGUAACCCCCUGUACAGUCUCCUCAAUUCCAUUGUUCUCUGCCAGGUUACCAUUAUUAUCCUGGUGUACAUUUUCUCUUGCAUUCCUUCUAUUGUUGCUCUCUUGUUUAAAGGGAUAGUUAACAGAAAAAGGAAAAUUCCCUUAUAACCUACUCACCACUAUGCCGAUGGAGAGGUUGGGUGAAGUGUUUGAGUCCAAUAAAAGCCAUACUGCUC